AUCGAUGAUCUUAGUAACGGGACAGUGACCAGAUUUUGAUAUAUGAUCCAGAACAUGAUCCCAACAACCGGAAGUCCGAAGAGAGUGUGACAGUGACCGUAACUAUACGCCAUCAUAAUGCAAACCGCGACCAGAGGUGGGCGAACAUUGACUCGUGCCUUGCAGAGGUCCGGUGGUUCGCGUGCAGCACGUUCUUUGAGAAGCCCAACAACUAUCUCCACUCCGACUGUCACCGCUACUCCCGUGGUGUCACCCGUUUAUCUGACCUUGACGACUCCCUUCAAAAUCACCAAGGGCGAUCCUUCCCCCACAUCCGACGUCGUUCUUCUCGACCCGACCGUCUUCAACCAGCCAAUUCGACGGGACAUCCUACACCUAUGUGUAACCCAUUACCGGGACUCUCUGCGACAGGGAUCUGCCAACACCAAGACGCGUAGCGAGCGGCGCGGAACGGGAAGGAAACCUUUCAGGCAAAAGGGUGGUGGUGUUGCGCGUGCUGGCGACCUGCGUAGUCCCAUCCAGCACGGAGGUGGUGUUGCUUUCGGUCCUAAACCCCGAGACUUUUCGACCAAGCUUCCCCGGAAAGUGAUCGAGAUGGGCAUGCGUGUUGCCCUCAGUCUCAAAGUACGGGAGAGUCUCCUGGGUGUGAUGUCCUCCAUGGACUGGCCCAAUGGGAAGACCAAGCAUCUUUCCCAGAAAAUCGACGCGCUGGGUCUUCGGCGAACAUUAUUCGUGACGGGGGACCUGCCCUCGACGGAGUUGGACCGGUCCAUUCGGAACAUUCCCCUCACCAAGCUGAUACCGCUAGAAGAACUGACUAUCUAUGAUGUUCUUCGUUGGCCGAGGGUGGUCAUGGACCUGAAGGCAGUAGAGACGAUAGAAUCUCAUCUUAGAACGCCUGUCACACCCCUCGUUUCGUAGUUGAUAUGAUUAUGGAACAGCUGCCGCCGCACGCAUUUCAAUACCAUCCCACUACCCCAUCUAGGCCCUCGUCAUCGUAGUCAUCGUCGUAGUCAAACUGGUCGUCUUCACUCCAUUCUGGAUCCGCAUCCUCCCACAUCUCAUACUCCUGAUCAGCCCACCCGUAUUCCGAACCGUCUUCGUAAUCCUGGUCUGCCAGUGUCCGCGUUGCCUCAGUUCAGCUUGCCGCUGCACAGGAACAAUCACAGUAAGAGCAGGGUGAUCAACACUAGGUUAUCAAGCCAGAGAAGAUUGUCUUCCUCCGACACAUCGCACACAAUGGUGUUCAAAUGCGGCCAAAGGCUAUCACCGCCUUCCGCUAGUGGGGCAGUCAAAAUGGUCAUAUUCAGGACACAGCUGAGCUCCAUCCGCGUGAUCGUAGAGAGUGACCUGAACAGAAAAAGAUCGCAGAUUUCGAAGUCGACAUGUUGUAAAACCAGUGUGCAGAGAGCUUGGAACGAUUUGUUCAUGACUCGUUCAUCGCCGUUACUUGGCGAGGUAAUUUGCAGUCCGGAACCAGACAAUUCCAGAAGCUGCACAUUAGGCACACAGAGAUAGUCAAGCAGGGCCUAGGAAUGUGCUAUCAGCCCAUUUCCUUCUUGACGCAACUUGACCGAACACGCAAUUUUUCCAGCGUAAUAGGUGUUGGAUUUCGAUCUCCGGAGUGUGUCUCCCACCCAGCAAUCGAUUCUUGCAGGACGAGGGUAGAGAGCUCUGCGCAUGCUAAGAAAGCGAUCAACGACGUAGAAAUGCGCCCAUUACUUCGCGAACGAACACUGAAUAAAUUCACAGAAAACCCGAUAGCUGCAUUCCAAGCGGUAUAUGACCAAAGUGGUCAGCCCAGGGAGAGGUGCGAGAUAUCCCAGGCACCCGUGUAUGGCAAGAGAACGAAGUUUGGGGGCAUUGAAGUUGAGCUUGUCUUCGUCACUGUCGCAGUAGGACGAAGUCGGUAGUAACCGCAACUCUCUGAGUUCAGAAACAGGCGCGUGAGAAUAUGGCAACAGGGAAACGUAGAUAUCCUUGAAGUCCGAUGCGCGAACGGAUAUUCGGAGCCACCUCGAGGCAGAAGCAAUAAGUGGACGCGGGAUGACAUCCAAAGCUGUCAAGUCCAACGAAACAUCCAACAGACAGCUUUGGGAUCUAUGUAUGAAGAGGUCCAGAAGCUGCAGAUCACUAUAACUAUGCAACCGUAUACUUGCCCACAGCGUUGGAGUUCCAAGAACCACCGCGCGGAAGUGCUUUGAGACUCUGAAAGAGAGAGAUCAGGCACGCAUUUUUACGAGCCGGGCAUUCGACAAACUCGGACAGUGUCAUUACCGCGGGCCGCGAAAAGUCAUCCAUGUUCAGUUCGACGACCAGAUGUUGGAAGAUAACGCUGAGUAGUUCACUGGGAAGGCGCGCGAUUGCCGGGAAACAAUCUUUGGGCACAUCCAUAUGGAGAGAAGGUUGUGGAUAUGGCCAACUGGACGCAAGAUGACAGUGAGACUUAGAUCAAGCACUUGCAAGUAGUGAGGAAUCGG